GCGACCACACCUCAGUUGUCAUGUGUUCCUUGCCCUAACCUUAAAUGUUUAUUAUAUUUUUUAUAGAGUUCCUGUGAAUUUAUUUAACAUUUCAAAAAAUACCGGUUAAUAAAAAGUUGCUCCAUAUGUCAUCGGUAAAUAGUGGCGGGAGUACUCCGUUCCCAAAAUGGCAAAUCGCCCUGGCAUUGGGGGCAACGGGAGCAAUCGGCCUCGGUUACUGGUAUCUAAGGCAACAGUCCAAAUCCGUUUCUGCUCAAAAACCAAAUUUAAAAGACGUUAAGUCAUUAUCAAUAGAAGACAAGGUCGCGAAUGACGAAAAGGGGGAGGAAACGCCGUUUCGAUUAUCACAGAAAUUUAAAAACGAGGGAAAUGUGCUAUUCAAAAAGGGAAAAUACGACGAGGCAAUCAGCCUUUACAAUAAAGCCAUUGAAAUUUGCCCUAAAGAUCAACGUUUGGAUUUGGCGACUUAUUAUCAAAAUCGAGCGGCGGCCUAUGAACAGUUAAAAAAGUGGAGUUCCGUCAUUGCCGACUGUACCGUUGCCCUUGAACAUAACGGAAAAUACGAAAAGGCUUUAUUCCGUCGUGCCAAGGCAUACGAAGCGAUUAAGGAUUGGGAAAAUUGUCUCGACGAUAUCACUGCCGUUUGCUUGUUGCAAAGUUUCCAAAAUCAAAAUGCCUUAAUUUUGGCCGAUCGUGUCUUGAAAGAACUGGGAAAGCAGCACGCCGCAGAAGCAAUGAAGAAUAAAAAACCAAUCUUGCCAUCGAAACAGUUUAUCAAGACAUAUUUUAUGUCUUUCUCCGAAGACCCGGUCUAUAAACUACUACUAAAUACGGAGCAACCAAUUGGAGACAGUUCCUCGGGCUUCCUCAAAGCUAAAAUUGCUUUUGCCACAGAGAACUUUGAGGAUAUCAUUCCGGCAUGCACCGAAGAAAUAAAUUCUAGUGAAUCUGAGUCACAUUACAUUUUUGAAGCGUUGUCUUUGCGAGCAUCUUUUUACUUACUGUCCGGGUCGCAUCAGUUGGCGCUUGACGAUUUUAAAACAGUUAUUGAUGCUGCUGAUGCAGAUGUUAAACUUCGUGUGAAUACACUAAUUAAGCGUGCAUCGUUACGCAUGCAACUUGAACAACCAACCGAAUGUCUACAGGAUUUUGCAACAGCAGUUGAACUGGCCCCUAAUAAUUCAGACAUAUACCAUCAUAGAGGUCAGAUCAAUCUGCUGAUGGAUAAUACGGAAGAAGCCAGAAGUGAUUUUGAUAAGGCGGUCGAGUUAAAUCCCAAAUUUGCCAUUGCAGUAGUGCAAAAGUGCUAUGCCGAUUAUAGAUAUGCGAUGCUGACACAAAAUGGGGAUAUGCUAAUAAACAGCUUGGCUAGUUUCCUAAACGCUACCAAACAGUUCAGUGCCUAUUCUGAGGUGUUUGUGUUGUACGGGCAAGUUUUAACAGAACGGCAAGAAUAUGCGGAAGCAGAAAAAACCUUUAUCAAAGCUUUAGAAAUUGAGCCUAAUAAUGCGACAAUUUUGGUACACAGAGGAUUAUUAGCCUUGCAGUGGACAAGCGAUAUGAAAAAAGCCAUUGAUCUUAUUUCAUCCGCCAUACAGCUGGAUGAGAAAUGCGAAUUUGCAUAUGAAACGUUGGGCACAAUUGAAGUGCAGAGGGGCAAUUUAGUGAUUGCAAUUGAAUUAUUCAAUAAAGCCAUAGGACUUGCGAGAACAGAAAAUGAAAUGACGCACCUGUUUUCAUUGAGAGAUGCGGCAAUUUCUCAACUGAAAGUAACAACAAAGCUUGGAAUUGGACCACAACUUUUGAAGUCUGAUGUUUAAACAUUCUGUUUUUUUUUUUAUGUUUUAUAGUUCCAUUUAUGCAGUGAUUAUUAAAAUAUGUUUGUUACACUUUA